AUGCCUCGUAAGGGGAAUUGUGAGGGCGAUAAAAACCUUUUCCAGGUGCAAGUCUUACUAGAUGCAUUAAACGAAAGUUUAGAAAUUGAUGAUAAACAUCUGAGCAUUGAUGAAUUUAUUAUACCAUUCAAAGGAAGGAGCAGACUAAAACAGUACAACAAAAUCAAGCCUCAUAAGUGGGGUAUAAAAGUGUCUGGUUUGUGUGGUGUGAGUGGCAUGCUGUAUGACCUCGAAAUCUACACUGGAAAAGACACACUGCAAGACAAAACAAAACUUGGAAUCAGUGGUGACAUUGUUGUGCCCAUUUUUAAAACCUUAUUUAUAGCAUGUUGA